CUUUGGGAAAUACGAGGAGGGAAAAGGUCGCGUCGGCUGCGACUACAAAUCCGCCGCCCUUCUUCAUUUAUUUUUUGGUGGUGGUAAAAGCGCACCGAGCCGAAUGGAUUGUGUGACCAGCAUGGAUUAAGGGCAGCACCGAGGAAAACAAUCCUGCCGCGGUCGGUUCAAGCGCAAACAGGUCAAGAAGGGCGGAGUGGCCGGGAAAUGGCCGACGGCGGGAAGAGCAGCUGGUGGAAGUUGAUGACCGCGAAGAAGAAGCCGAAGGAGCUGACGGACAAGGGGUCGGGGCAGGAGAACGGGCAGUUCCCCGCAGACAAAACGUCGGCUCGGGAAAACAAACCCCCGACGGUGGCGGAGGAGAAGGAGUACUCGGAUCCCCGGCUGGAGAAGGGCUUCAGCGAGAAGAACACGCGCAGGAACCUGAAAAUCUCCCGCUCGGGACGGUUCAAGGAGAAGCGCAGGGUGCGGGCCACCCUGCCCGAGAACCCCAAGUUCUUCGAAGGCAAUGGGAACACAAACGAUGAAAACUAAUGCACAUCCUUUCCCCGCUUACAGGGGCAUCAGAUGCCCCAUCCAGCAAAGACUGGUCACCAGACACUAUCUUAAUUUAACAGUGAUAAAGCCGAAAUUAACGCGUCAAUUUAUAUUUCCUUAAAUAUUUCAUGAAUAAUGCAUUAAAUAUUUAUUUGUUGGAAUCCGGA